AUGGCCCAAGGCCAACACGACGUCACCAACCAUGCCCAGGCCACGUCUAACCGACAACCUCAACCAUCUCCUGGACUGCCGAGUGAGAAGACGGGUUCAAGUAACCGCCUUUUUGCACAAUCAUAUGGGCCACCCAUAACCGCCUCGAGCAUCUCAGGCCCAGGCCGUGAUGUCGGACUUACUUCCUCGCAAAGCUCUGCAGAAGCAUUCCUCCCUGUUCACCCGUCCCCGUCAAACUUGAACAGCCGAUCAUACCCAACGAGCACACGCAACCCCGAGGUAGAUUUCUUUCCGCCGCCAUACCAAAAAUGUCCACAGCCAUCAGGCUACUCGUCCGAGCUACCUUUCGAUACCAGCAUACCGCAGCAACCAGUCGUGAAACCCACGCAGAAGCACCCAAGCUAUCAGAAGGAACCCCAGGCACAAUUGCCCACCCAAUCUCGCCGGAGCUUUCGAGGCAGUGAUAUGUCCGACAUCCCUAAUCUUUUGGGUCAAGACAGGAUGGACGCCUUAACGGGCAUCAUGUUCAGCCUCAGCAUGCGGCAGCAACCACAAGCCGCAAGGGCCUGUGGAUUCGGCGACAGGGACAGGAGAGUCAUUGAUCCGCCACCAAUUGUCCAACUCUACAUCGAGGGUCCUUCCCUAUCUAGGGAUGAAGCUAGGUUGUAUCUACGAUAUGAAAGUUACGUCAUGAAUUGCUCAAUAUGUGAUGAGUCAGGGACACAAGACGCAUCAUUCAUGCCUGAGGAAUAUCAGCAUCAAAGACGACUUAUGGGAUCACUUGUCGGUACGCCUUUUGUCGGACAGGACGAUCGUGGUGAGGAGGGCUGCUUCUUCUGUUUCUCGGAUCUAUCAUGUCGAACUCCCGGGGCGUUCCGUCUUAAAUUUACGCUUAUUAUGAUAGACCCGGCCCGCGCCGGCGUAAUUCGACAUUUCCCCGUACUCACCGAGAUUGUGAGUGAUGUAUUUCAUGUAUACAGCGCCAAGGAGUUUCCGGGCAUGCUGCCGAGUAGCAGCUUGGCCAAACGGUUAAAAGAACAAGGAUGUAUUAUUUCCAUCAAGAAGGGCAACGACCGGUCCAAGAACGCCAGAGGACCAGAUGAAUUAUCUGAAGAAGAAGCAGGGGAAGGUUCUCAAAGAGAACAAAAACGGCGUACUGUUGGGGACUAA